CUGAGCAGUUCGAAGUGUGUAAAAAAACACGUGUAGACAUGGGGUUCCAGAAUAUUUGGUAUUCUCAUCCACGAAAAUACGGUCAAGGAUCAAGAUCCUGCCGUGCCUGUGCAAAUAGACAUGGGCUUAUUCGCAAAUAUGGCCUGAACAUCUGCCGGCAGUGCUUUAGGGAAUAUGCCGCUGACAUUGGUUUCAAGAAGCUGGAUUAAAUAUACAA